UUGUUGGGGAAGAUUGGUGAGAUGGUCGAUAAACUCUUUGAUUUGGACAAGGAACUAAUGCUGAGCUGGGUCGUGGAGUCGAAGGAGUUGUCUGAUGCAUCAACUACGGAAAAAGAAAAAACAGCUGAAACUGCAUUGGUCCCUUGCUUAUUGGAAGCAGCCAGACAACUCAGGUCAGACAGUAUUGAAGGGUUAGAGGUUUACAUACAUAUACUACAGCUGCUCACUACAACAGAUGGAGGAAUGCAGGCAUUAGUAAGAACUCCAGACAAGGCAGAGUCAACCUGGACUCUACUGUAUGACAUAGUUCACACUGAUCUUUGUCAGGAUGAUGACCCAGAAAUCAUUGUAGAGGAGCAGGCAAGUGUGUUGUCUUCCACUCUGGCUGUUCUUUCAGCGAUCUUUGCAUCAUGCAUGGAGGAAAAUUACAUCAAGACUGAGCGAAACCUUCCUUUGCUUGGUACGCUCCUGCGAAUUUUGUUCUAUGCAGAGGAAUCUCAGAAGAGACCAUCAGAAGGAACAAGAAGACCCAGCACAGACAAAUGGUCUGUCCCAUCUCCAACGUCUGGUGCCCAGAAAGGAAAACGGCGAGAAGGAGACUAUCACUUGAAAAUUCUCCUGGAUAUCUGCUGUGAAUUUCUUUCUGAAAUCUUCACGAACAUUGGAAAGGAGAUUGUGUCAAAAAGCUUUAAAGAAGGGUUCCUGAGCCAGGAGAUGUGCACUUCUGCUUUUCGCCACCUUCUCCCUCAGUAUCACACAGCUGUGGAAAAAUUCCACGCCAUCUUAAUGGAAGUAAAACCGGACACUGCGGAACAAUUAUUACUAGAGUUUCCCAAUCUAAGAUCCUGACUGGGAGUUGUUGCUGCAACUGAGCGGGAACUACGUUGUGUGGAGCAAAUGGCCGCAAGACAGAAAACUCUUAAUUGUCUAAAUGCACAUACCUCUACCAGACAUUGCCUGGCAACAACAACUUUGUCAAUCACUGAGGUACUAAAUCAGCACAACUGCAUUUGGAUUUGUGAGCAACACAGGAUUAUGUUCAUAAUUGGAUUAAGGUCCUAUUAGAGUAUAUUUGGAUAUUUAUACAGUUUAUGUGAAGUUUCUUUCCCUUGGUGUAAAUGCGGAAGAGACUAGCAGUGUGGAAAGUUUUAGGACCGAUUAAAGUUACUGACGGAAUUCUGCUCUCUUCCCAGCCUCCUGAGAAUGUGGCAUUUCAGGAGCAGUUUCAUCCAGAGCUCAAAGUUGACACCUAUAGCUGCAGCCUGUAUCUUUCAUUUAUGUUUACCCUCCUGAAGCUUUGUUGUGUUGAGCUAGGAGUGUGCUCUUUCAGCAGUAGCUAGUUUACUAUUUUACCUAUGCUGAAAAACAUAAUGUUGAACACAGUGGGUAUUUUUUUUCAAUAAAUGUUUGCUUUUCUAUUUUAA